GGACCGGUAGCGGCGACCGCGGCACUAGGGGCAGUGCUUUCUGCCCUGAGGAGAGCGAUAUACCCGGCGAGGGAAAGAGGGAGCAGCGGGCGCGGCGCGAUGCGGCCCACAGAGCAUACAAAGGAUAUACUUGUGAUAUAUGAACAAGAAGCAGAAGAGUGGGCUCUGUAUUUAAAAUCUCUUUUUGGACACAUAGUGAAUGAAGAAGGAAUCUUACUCUACAAUCUGGAGACUUUGUCUUUCAAGCGUCUGGAGUUAUUCUCUUUAUCAUGUUAUAAAUGUAAACUCCUGAUACUAUCAUAUGGACUCCUUAAAUGCCUGAACCGAAAGCGAUGCUGUUUUCUGGCACAUGUUCUUCAACCUCCAGAUAAUGUGGUGAUCCUGCUUUGUGGCGUGGAGAAUUCAGACAUGCUUUAUGAAAUACUAACUUUAAGUGGAAGGAGCAGAGAGAUCUUCACUGAUCAGGAACCUGAGGACUAUCUCUCCAUUGUUACUGGAAUUAUUCAAGCAGAUUGCCAGCCUACCUCUCAUGUUAACUUGUCAGAUGCCAGAGGAGCCUCAGAAAAAGCACAUCUUGGUUUUGAAACAGAAGUACUUACUGAGACAUUAGAAAAUAAUGAGUACUCGGUAUUGGUGCUUCCAGCGAGGAUACCGUGUGAGAACCCUGGUGAAAUAUUCAUUUUGUUGAAAGAUGAAAUAGAUGAUGAAACUUUAGAAAUUGAAUUCAUAGCAGAUAAUCAACGAAUUAGGACACAGCCAGCCUCUUGGAAUAAGAAGGUCAAGUACAUGAAAGCAUUAGAUUUUCCUGCUGGCCCUGUAUAUAUAAAUGUCUACUGUGAGGGUGUCAUUAAGACCACUGCACAGAUUGAAUAUUAUACUGCAGCAGAAGAGGUUGAGCGCAUCUUUCAGAAAGUAGCUGACCCAAUAGCUUUUAUUUGUCAGACUUUGAAGUUUUCAUCUGUGGAGAAGCUGGACAACAUUCUGACUUUGUUACUGGAAAGCAAGAUAGUUACUUGUGGAUUCAGUGCAUCCCCAGGUGAAGAGCAUCACUAUCAACAACCUAAUAGACAUUUGGAAGAAUUUCCCACUCUCCUUCACUGUGCAGCCAGAUUUGGAUUAAAGAACCUCGCAGCAGUUCUACUCAAGCAUCCCGAGGCUGCAAAGGCUUGUAAAAUCUCCAAUACAGAUGGAGAUGUUCCAGCAAGUAUAGCUGAGAAGCAUGGACACAAGGAAAUAAGAGAAUUAAUCAAAGAAUUGUUGACUAAAGCAACAGAUGAUUUCACCAGCCAUGAGGAGGAAGAGGAAUAUGAGGAUGCUUAUGUGCUCAUGGGAGGCACGGAAGCUCAACCAGCCACGAUUGAGCAGAACCCAGGAGAUCAACAUGGAAUUGGAUCAAAAUGUCAACAAGAAGCUGGGGUGGAUAAGGAAGAGAAAGGUGAUGUAGGAGACAGCGGAGAGGAAACUGAGGAGGAAGAUUCCUACACCUUUGUCAACAGUCCUGACAAUUUGUAUGCCAGCAUAUCUGACUGUGAUUAUGAAGAAAACAGCAGAGAAUGCUUUUUCUACAAGAAACCGCCCCCACCUCCUCCUCGAAAUCUGCCUGGCACCCCGAGACAGGAUGAGCUGCACUAUUUGUCACAAGAGAGGAAUUUUGUGGAGGAGAGAAGUGAAACAGAACAUGGACUGAAGACAGCAUGCUGCAGAGAAGACCAAGAUACCUGUGAGGAAGAUGACGAAGAGGACCACCCAUACGCUUUUAUGAAAUUUGAUGAAUAUCUGUAUGAUUUGAUACUGGAUGAGGAAGAUGAGGAGAAAAGGAAAGACCGCAAAUCAUUUAUCAUGAACAGGCCGCCUGCUCCUGCCCCUCGUCCCGAAUGUUCAGGAGUCAAAAAUGAGAACACUCCAUAUAUAGUACAAGUGUUUCAACAAAAAGCCACUCAAAUGCCCAGUGACUACGACAAGACGUACUACAAUGCCAGGAAGCACGCAGCAUGCAGAAGACGCACUGACAGGGCAGCUGUGAAACACAACAUCCCUGCUGAACGGGAAGAUCUUAUCCAUGUGCAGAAACAAGUGAAAAAGGGGGCAGUUGCUGUGGAUGAAGCCCUUGACAGAUGUAAACAGUGGCAGAAUGAAAAGCAGAGACUGCAGACCGCUCCACAGGAUAAAUUGUGCCACCUUAGAGCCACCAGUACUGGGAAGAGACUAGAAAAGGAAAAUCUGGAUGCGUCCAAUUAGGACUCCAGCAGAGAAGGAAGAGAUGCCUAAUUAACAGAGUGCAGCUCUUCAGCCAGCUGUGCAUCUCUUUCCCCAGUCUGGAACCCCGUGUGUCUGCACCCCAAGAGGCUCUGGAGCUGGCACACAGCACAGCACUGCAGCCAUUGCUGUGCCAUCAGCAUCAUGGGAUCGCUCACCUGGGCCAGCUCUGGAAGGAGUCCACUAUCACAUAAAGCAAAUGAGUCUGAUUUCUUGUAAAAUCAGCACUGAAUUUUAGUCUUUCUUUGCCAACUUUUUCGUCCACAUGACAGCUGAAGAUAUAUACAUAUAUAAGAUAUAUCACAUGCUUUGAUUGCUUUCAAACUGUUCAUUUUUUCCAUAAUGGCUGACAUUGUUAAGAAGUAGAUUUUAUACACAAGAGAAAGAAAAUGAAAAGUUGAAGAUUAUGAUUAUAUAGAGAUUCUAUGCAAAAUUUAGGUUUUACUUUCCUUUAGAAUGUUUUUGUAUAAACUUUGUAUGCAAUGUUGUCUUCCAUAGGAAUAAAAAUUGUGCUUGGUGAGUUUUAAUACAUAUAGUCAAAGUGAAACUAAUUUCUAAAGUAAAACUGUACAGAUUAAAAAUGUAAAUCCGUACUAAUUAUGUACUACUGCAUUAAAGUAAUUAAAAUAAUUGUAUUUAAAGGAAAA